AUAGGAGGGGGUGCGUGGGUGGAUACAGAAGGGAAAUGAGGGUGCAUGGGAUCUCAGAGAAAAUCAGGGGCCUCUGAGCAGAGUGUAAAGGACGAGCGCCGCAGCUCCUCGGCCCGCCGCUCGCCCCCGCCUUCCCUUUUGCGCAGAAUCCUCGCCUUGGCUGCAGCAGCGCGCUGCCCCCACUGGCCGGCGCGCUGUGAUCGAUCGCAGGCUGCGUCAGGAUCCUCCCGGCGUAUAAAUAGGGGUGGCAGGACAGCGCCGAGCCGCACACAGCCAUCCAUUCUCCCCCUUCCCUCUCUCCCCUGUCCUCUCUCUCCAGGCUCCCACCGCCACCGCGGGCCGGGGAGCCACCGGCCGCCACCAUGAGUUCCUUCAGCUUCGAGCCGUACUACUCGACCUCCUACAAGCGGCGCUACGUGGAGACGCCCCGGGUGCACAUCUCUAGCGUGCGCAGCGGCUACAGCACCGCGCGCUCCGCUUACUCCAGCUACUCGGCGCCGGUUUCUUCCUCGCUGUCCGUGCGCCGCAGCUACUCGUCCGGCUCCGGCUCGUUGAUGCACAGCCUGGAGAACCUCGAUCUGAGCCAGGUAGCCGCCAUCAGCAACGACCUCAAGUCGAUCCGCACGCAGGAGAAGGCGCAGCUCCAGGACCUCAACGACCGCUUCGCCAGCUUCAUCGAGCGCGUGCACGAGCUGGAGCAGCAGAACAAGGUCCUGGAAGCGGAGCUGCUGGUGCUGCGCCAGAAGCACUCGGAGCCGUCCCGCUUCCGGGCGCUGUACGAGCAGGAGAUCCGCGACCUGCGCCUGGCGGCGGAAGACGCCACCAACGAGAAGCAGGCGCUCCAGGGCGAGCGCGAAGGGCUCGAGGAGACCCUGCGCAACCUGCAGGCGCGCUAUGAAGAGGAGGUGCUGAGCCGCGAGGACGCCGAGGGCCGGCUGAUGGAAGCGCGCAAAGGCGCAGACGAGGCGGCGCUCGCCCGCGCGGAGCUCGAAAAGCGCAUCGACAGCCUGAUGGACGAAAUCGCUUUUCUGAAGAAAGUGCACGAAGAGGAGAUCGCCGAGCUGCAGGCGCAGAUCCAGUACGCGCAGAUCUCCGUGGAGAUGGACGUGUCCACCAAGCCCGACCUCUCCGCCGCGCUCAAGGACAUCCGCGCUCAGUACGAGAAGCUGGCCGCCAAGAACAUGCAGAACGCUGAGGAGUGGUUCAAGAGCCGCUUCACCGUGCUGACCGAGAGCGCCGCCAAGAACACCGACGCAGUGCGCGCCGCCAAGGACGAGGUGUCCGAGAGCCGCCGCCUGCUCAAGGCCAAGACCCUAGAGAUCGAAGCAUGCCGGGGCAUGAACGAAGCGCUGGAGAAGCAGCUGCAGGAGCUGGAGGACAAGCAGAACGCAGACAUCAGCGCUAUGCAGGACACGAUCAACAAAUUAGAAAAUGAAUUGAGGACCACAAAGAGUGAAAUGGCACGAUACCUAAAAGAAUACCAAGACCUCCUCAACGUGAAGAUGGCUUUGGAUAUUGAGAUUGCAGCUUACAGGAAACUCUUGGAAGGCGAGGAGACCCGGCUCAGUUUCACCAGCGUGGGAAGCAUAACCAGUGGCUACUCCCAGAGCUCCCAGGUCUUUGGCCGAUCUGCCUAUGGCGGUUUACAGACCAGCUCCUAUCUGAUGUCCACCCGCUCCUUCCCUUCCUACUACACGAGCCAUGUCCAAGAGGAGCAGAUUGAAGUGGAGGAAACCAUUGAGGCUGCUAAGGCUGAGGAAGCCAAGGAUGAGCCUCCCUCUGAAGGAGAAGCUGAGGAGGAGGAGAAGGACAAGGAAGAGGCUGAGGAAGAGGAGGCAGCCGAAGAGGAAGAAGGUAUGAUAAGAAACAAACCCCUGCAACUUCAAGUGCAAACUGGGAGUGGCUAUUUGUUAGGAGGUGGAUAAGACAAAUGAAGCCUCGCUUAUUUAUUCAUAUAUGAUUUUAGAAUCAUAAAUAAUUUUUCUGCUUGUUCAACAAACCUUUCCUAAGCACCUACUCUGAAUGAGGUCAAAAUUGACCUCAUUGGUCAAUUGGUCAAAAAUUUCAUUUUAAAAUAUAUUCAUUUAACACAUCAGCUUGGCGUCCUAAAGAACAAAAAUAGAUACCAGACACAUAAAAAAAUAGUGAGGUUAAAUCUUUGGGAGGAGCAGAGCUUUCCAUGCCUAGAAGUGGUCUCAUUCUAUUUAAAUAUGUGUUCAGUAGCAGAUUAUUCAUGGCAAGUGUUGUCUGUUACAUGUGCUUUUGGAGAGAGUGGAGCUGGGAGGCUUUGGUGAGCAUUCUGACGGUUUUAUCUGUGUUUACAGAUUAAACCUUAGCAGACAUGUUUUGACUGGACUUACCUAGGAUUUGGAUUUUGUACACUUUCUUUUUAUGUUCAAGCUGCCAAGGAAGAGUCUGAAGAAGCAAAGGAAGAAGAAGGAGGUGAAGUUGAAGAAGGAGAGGAAACCAAAGAAGCUGAAGAAGAGGAGAAGAAAGUUGAAGGUUCUGGGGAGGAACAAGCAACUAAGAAGAAAGAUUGAACCCCCAUUUCCUUAAUUAUUUCAGGAACAAUUCUCCCGAAAUCAGGUCAACCCCAUCACCAACCGAUCAACCAGUUGAGUUCCAGAUCCUAUGUGAAUUAAAAAGUCAAUAUAUGUAUAAUUCUGAGAUGACUUAGGUUGGACAUUCAAUGUUGUGCUAUGAAUUUCCUCUUUAUGCAGAGUAUCUGUUUGCUUGCAGAGUGGCUUUCUGGCUUGCUGCCAGCCUGUGCAUGGUCCACGCUUAUGAGUUCAGGAAUUAUGGCAUUGUGAAUCAUUCAGAUGUUUACAAUAAAAAACACCACGAGUAAAUAAAUUCACUAAUGUUAAUGUUAAACUUCGUGGAAAAAUAGUCCUUUGAACCUUUGGUGGUUAGCAGUUAAAGACCUUGAGUUAUGUGCAAUAAAUAGUAAAUAAAGUUAUACCGAAUGGUGUAUUUUUUGCUGUGGUUGUUAAUUAAUUAAAAUACCUUAAAGAUGGCACUGGUAUAAAGCAUAUGCCAGUGGACUAUUGACCUCCAAUUUUUUUAAGAACUCAAAAUUUUAACAAUUACCAAUACUUUUCUUUUUGUUCCCUCAUUGGAAAUUCCGAGGGAUAUAGUUAGGUCAUAACUACUCAUAAAAUCUCUCCCCUCAAAAAUGUUACUGAUAAUAAACAUGAGUAAAUGGGAAAGUCUAUAAAUAACAAUAGACUUUGCCCCAUAGCACAUAUUGUGUUAGAUUUUGGAAUGGCUUCCUAGGGAGCGAUUGUGAAAAUAUUUGACAGAUAUACUCGUUAUGGUAAAUAGGUCAUUUCAGAGUCCAGAGUGCUAACCAUUACACCAUGGAACCAGGAUAAACAGGUCAUUUCAAACUGAUAUGUCAUAAUGCAAUAUGGAUAGAAUAUGAAUCCCAUACAUUCAUCCCUAUAACUGUAUUUUAAAAUAUAGUCUAAAUAUCAUGGGCAGAGGUUGAAACCUGAGAACAUGGUAAAAUCAGAAGGAAUGACUUAUCUAUAUAUAAUUUCAGGAGGAGGGACUAUCAAAGGUUAUUUGCCACUCCACUGCAAACAUAUUGCCUGCAAUUCUGAGCUCAUGAUUUAGUAUGUUGUUAAGCGUAAUUCUGUUUCCUCAAGUAAAUAGCAUUUAAUCCCACACACUUUGAAACCUUUAAAAACUACAGAUACAGGUAAUGAAAUUAUGAGUCACUUAAGGGGGGAGGUAAUAUGCUUGUAUGUUACAUUGACAUUGCUCUGCAUGACUCUUGGAAAAUACUUGGAUUUCAAUGAUAGCUUGACUGGUUGGACAUUGCAUCAAAUACACACCCCAUAUGUCCUCUGUCCAUCAUAAAGUUAUGAACGCUCUUGCACUUGCAUUUGAUGUGGAAUAAAUAUAGAUAUUAUUAUCGGCUGUUCUGCCUUUAUUCUGAAACAAUUGCUUUGUCAGCUAAUUUCAUUCAAUAUUUGUUUUUUAGACAAUCUUUGUAAGUUAUGGAUUUAACCUGAAACCAAAGUGGUCUCCAUUUAAAGUUACUUAAUCCCUUUGUACCACCUAUUUCUAGUUAAAUAUGUGUUACUAUGCAAAUAGAUAAACUGUUUCUUUGCCAUGAUGGUAUGGACUGGAACUAUGAAUGCUCUCAAUGUAUUGGCUUCUGUAAAGAGGAGGCAUCUCCUCAGAAACCAAGCUUUUCAUAUUUAUGCUUACUAGACAUGGGAUGAUGUACAUGGCAAGUCUCAAACAGAUGCAGGCUACAUGCAAAAGUAACUUUAGCCAAAUGAAAAUCGCUGGAUGCUCUGAGAAUUGCUUCGUUGAAAUAAGAACACUGUACCAUACUCUACCCUGUGUGCCAUAAUAAAAUACUAAAAAACCUAAA